UUUAAAAGCGGCUCCCGACGGCCCGGACUCCAUUCCCGAGUCGUCUUCUGCCCUCUCCUGGUCUUCUAGUCACUCUCAACAUGUGGAGGCUGUUUGUGUUCGCUUUUCUCGUAACGGCGCAGGCCCAAAUUCCUUCACUGGGCUGGUGCCCUGAUUAUCAGCCCAUGGCAUCGUUCAACAUGAAAGGUUUCCUGGGCACAUGGUAUGAAGCUGAGCGCUACUUCACGGUCAGCGAACUUGUCAGCCGGUGUGUCACCACCAAAUACGAAGCUACACCCGAGGGUAGAAUCCUAGUAUCCAACGAGAUAACCAAUUCAUUGACGGGCUUAAAACGAGUGAUGGACGGUGCUCUCUCCAUGAUCGGACCCGAAGGAGAAGGUCGCAUGAUCGUCAAGUAUUCAGCUCUGCCAAUCCCGUACGAUACCGAAUACGUAGUAUUGGGCACUGAUUACGACAACUACGCCGUCCUAUGGUCUUGCAGUGGCAUUGGACCUGUUCAUACUCAAAACGCCUGGGUGCUAACACGUGAAAGACUAGCCCCAAUUGCAGUCAUGCAAGCCGCGUACGGAGUUCUAGACAGAUUCAAGAUCUCUAGGACAUUCUUUGUAAAGACCAAUCAGGCUGACUGCACGAUCCUGCCAGAUCCAGCUGCUAAGGAAGAGAUUGAGUACAAGCGGGCCAAUGUGGACGUGCAGGAGAAGAGUGUUGGUGUCGUACCUAAUGUUGUCGUUGACAAAGUCGUUGAUCCACCUAUUGAGCAAAUUUGCCCACAGAAGAGAGUAGACCCUGAAGUCAAACCUGAAGUUCCAGAAGAACGAUCAGCUGUACCCGUCCCAGAAGAAUCUAGCAAGCCUCUGCAAGUCCCCGAACUUAUCAUGUCGGAAUCUUUUGAAAAGAAAGAAGAGAAAAUCGAUAAGCCAUUGGAGAAGCCAGCUUAUGAGGAACCACUGAAAGAUGAGAAAAAAGAGGAGUUGAUAAUGCCUCAAUUAAUGGAAUCGGGAGAAUCAAAAGAGAAGGCAGAAUUAGAGAAACCUCAAUAAGGGAAAAUGCAUAUUAACUACACAUAACACGACCUUGAAGUAAAACAUCUCUUGACUUACUUCAAAAUACUUUAUUGUCAAUAUUUCUUGUAAGUCAGGAAAUAUAAUAUACUAAAGUCGUGUAAAGAAUGUUUUGUGCAUUAAUAAUUCCUCAAACGAAUUUAGUUCAGAAUGAACUUAGUGUGUAGAUGAGUGAAUGACUGUGAGGCUUUCUUGGGGCUAUUGUACCAAAUAAGUAACUC